ACGGCGCCAUCUUUAUAGAGAGUGCGCGCUGAGGACACGAGAACGUUGUUUAUAUUUCCUUCUCAUCUGUAACAUUUCUUUUACCUGGAUCAAACAUUUCACUUAUAAUCCCAGUCAGAGAUGGGGGUGAAGGCGCAGCGUCCUCGCUGCUUUUUUGACAUUGGCAUCAGUAAUGUGCCAGCGGGCCGUGUGGUCAUCGAGCUUUUCUCUGAUGUUUGCCCCAAAACGUGUGAAAACUUCCGCUGCCUGUGCACAGGUGAGAAAGGAGUUGGCAAGACUACUCAGAAACCUUUGCAUUACAAAGGAACUCCUUUCCACAGGAUAGUGAAGGAUUUCAUGAUACAAGGAGGAGAUUUCAGUGAAGGGAACGGCAGAGGUGGUGAAUCUAUAUAUGGAGGUUUCUUUGAAGAUGAAAGUUUCUCAAUGAAACAUACCAAGGAGUUCCUGCUAUCGAUGGCCAACAGAGGGAAGGACACCAACGGCUCACAGUUCUUUAUAACUACUAAACCAACUCCUCACUUGGACGGAAUUCAUGUGGUGUUUGGUCAGGUGAUCACCGGCCAGGAUGUGAUCCGGAUGAUCGAGAGUCAGAAGACGGAUACCAACAGCAGGCCAUAUGCAGAGGUCAAAGUGCUCAACUGUGGGGAACUUGUUCCAAAAUCCAAAGCAAAGAAGGAAAAGAAGAAGCACCAGUCAUCCAGCGAGAGUGAGGACUCUUCUUCUGACAGCUCUUCGGACUCUGAGGAAUCAGAGAAGGAGAAGAAACGACGCAAGAAACACAAGAAGGAACACAAGAAAAAGAAGGAACAGAAACACAAAAAGAAAGAGAAGAAAGGAUCUGAUGAAGAAGAAGCUGAACCUCAGGUUGUGUCCACCAUACGCCCAGAGGAAGUGCCACCCAUUCCAGAAAACCGCUUCCUGAUGAGACGAAGCCCAGAGAAGCCCAAAGAGGAGGAGCAAAGCAAAGAAAAGGACAAGGUGGAUUCUGGGAGAGAGAGACCCAGAGAAAGAGACAGGGAGAGAGAGCGGGAAAGAGAAAGACCCUUGGCAAAUUCACGACCAAACCGCACACGAUUGGUGAUGACCAGAUCAGGCCGCAGAAUUAAAGGAAGAGGACCGAGGCGCUAUCGAACACCAUCUCGAUCCCGCUCGCGGUCCUGGGAUCGGUUUCGCCGCAGUGAGACUCCUCCACAUUGGAGGCAUGAAAUGCAAAGAACACAGAAAGCUAAAGCCAAUUUAGCUGCUUCCCAGGAGCGGUGGAUAAAAGGAGACAAAGGAGAUAUGUCUGAGGAAAAGACGAAAACUACUGAGUCAAGCAACGCUAACAAAGCUGGGGGAGACAAGCAAGAUGCAGCAAAGAGAAACUCUGAGCGAGAAAAGAAAGUUUCAAAGCGGGACAAAUCACGCAGUCCCUCCAAAGGAAGAGACCGAAAGAAAGACAAACAUCGCUCCAAAAGUCGAGAAAGGGACGCACGGAAAAAGACAGACGCCGAUGUGGAGAAGAAGAAAUCUCGCAGCCGGAGCAAAAGCAAAGACAAGAAGAGGGAGAAAGAGAAGAGCAAAAAGCCGGAUGACAAAAGCAGACGCUCUACUAGCAAAGACAGGAAGGAGAAAAAUGAUAAAGAGGUCGAACAGAAAGACAGAAGCAAAGAAAGAGCCAAAGAUGGAGAAAAGGAGAAAUCGAAGGAGGUUGAAAAGAAGAAGAAUGGAGAACGAGAGCGAUCCAGAAGCAAAGAAAGGGGUCGGGAUGUUUCACGGAGAUCCCGAUCGCGAGGACGCGCACAGCGAGGACAAUCACGAGAAAGAGGCCGUGACAGACGCCACAGCAGCAGCCGAGACCGAAAAACAUCCCGCCGCUCCAGAAGCAGAGACCGAGCUCGAGGCAGAGACGCAGAAGACCGAAGGAAGAGUACGGACAAUAAAAACAGAGAAACACGAGGACGAGACCGCAGCUCCAAAGAGCGGUCCUCUCAGAAACAGCGCAGCCGAGAGCGAGAGGAUCGACAGAAGAAGAGGAAAGACAAGAGCGACACGGGAAGCAGCGACUCUGACAGCGAUAAACGCAAGAAAAGAAAAAGAAGCGAGAGCCCCAAAUCGAAAGAGAGAGCAAAGGACAAAUCAAAAAGCCCGAGAAAGGAUGCAAAGAAAAAAGACUCCUCUUCUAGCGACAGCGACUGAGAAUCAAUGCUUUUAUUUACCUUUGUUUUCCCGCCACACAACCAUCAGCGAUUUAAAACGAUACCAAGAGACUGAGUUUAGUCUUCAACUGGACAUGGCCUGAUCCUCAACGUCUGGAGUAUUUUUUAAAGAUUGAUAGACAGACAUUGGUUUGAAAUGAAUCUGUUGUAUUUGUCCGGCUUUUAUCUCUUCUUCUGUCAUGCUCUUGAUCCCUACACAACAUACACAAUUAGUGAGUUCCUUGGUUAAAAACAAUGGUUACUUUUUUUUUUUCAUCUGAGCUGAGCUGUUUUUUAAAGGGGUUUGUUGGGGUCAUGUUUGCGUACCUUGGAGUUUUGUAAGGGCUUUAUGUUUGUAAAGAGAUGACCAUGUUGGGUUCGGCUGAAUUUGACAAAUAAAAAAUUGAUACUGAACCUGU